UCUCCCUUUGAGCAGAGACUGACGAAGUUCGACAGCACAGCCUGAAGGCAGAAAUGGGAUCCGAGAGAGCUCUUGUCCUGGACAGACUUGCUAGCAAUGUUGCCAAACGGAAAAGCUCAAUGCCUCAAAAAUUCAUUGGUGAGAAGCAGUAUUGUCUGGGCUACCCUGACCUGCAGUACAAUUCAACCCCAUCUUAUGACAAGGAGGGUGAAAUGAUGCAGACCCGUUUCAUGGACCAGGCUAUCAACAAUGCAAUCUCGUACCUGGGGGCAGAAUCAUUGCGACCCCUCGUCCAGACAGCCCCUGCUCCCACCUCAGAAAUGGUGUCUGUCAUCAGCAGCCUCUACCCACUGUCUCUCACACGCUCUGAUGCCCCAAAUGGUCACGUGCGAGAAGCAGCCACAGAGAACAGUGGCUCCCAAUUGAAAACAAAGACCUCUGAAAGAGGGGUGUCCCCCAGCAACAGUUGCCAGGACUCCACAGACACAGAGAGCAACCACGAGGAGCGACAGAGUCAGGCCUACCUACAGCAUCAGAUGAUUGCACCCCGAGUCAGAAAUGGGGUCCCUACCAUCAAAGAGAGCCCAAAACCAUUUGACAUCAUGAAAACAACAGGGGGGUUGGGUCGCGAGACGUUUAAGGUGAUUACUAAUGAGGGUGAACAGGUCAGAGUCUUCAAAUGUGACCACUGUCGAGUACUGUACCUGGAUUAUGUGAUGUUCACAAUACACAUGGGCUGCCAUGGUUUUCGUGACCCUUUUGAAUGUAAUGUGUGUGGGUAUCGCAGCCAGGACAGAUAUGAGUUCUCUUCUCAUAUAGCCAGAGGGGAGCAUCGUUACUGCAGAAAAUGAGCUGCAGAGAUCAGAUUCUAUCCAGGACCAGACAGACCAAAAAAAUUUUAGACCUCAUGCUUUGCUUUCAUACUUAAUGCUGUGUUUCUGUGCCUUUGUGUGCACUCAUCUGAAAUCUAUACACCUGCGAUCAGGUAAAGGACAUUUUAUUGAGCAUUACGUUGUAGCAGUAAUGAACUCACCAAAUAACAUUUAAGCAACAAUGCUGACUGUGGAGAGACAGUAAAAUAUUAUCCAGACACAAAGCUGAUUGGAUCUGAACAUUGUACAAAAUGUCUUCUGAAAGAACAGUGAAGUUAACUAACCAGACCUGUUGAUAUUGUGAGAGUUUCUGGGAAGACAGAGGAAUUAGAUUGAGAUGCCAUCCCAUUGUAAGUCAUUUUCCUAACAGCAACUGAAGGACAAUGAGGUCUCACCGUUAAAAUUGUGAGCAGUUCACUUCAUUGAUUCAUAAGGUCCUUAAUCAAGAUGUGCCUGUGUCCCUGAAACAGGAUGUCACUUGUUCUUUCUUGAAACUAGUGUAAUUCUGACCUUGAUGGUGUCAAAAACCUCUCUGCCACGCCAGUUGCCAUAUAACUCAGUCAUCCCUGAAACAGGUAUGUUUUUCAUAGCUCUGUAAACUCAAUCUUCUGGUUUCUACCAAAUUGUUACAAAUGUGAAUACCAGAGAUUUCUGAUAUUCAGAACUCAUACCUGAUGAGAGCUUCUUCCAGUGUCACCUGCUACUCAAACACUUGCUGCAGAUUGGAGAAGGAUCAUCUCAGAACUACCCUUUAAAAUUAUGAGUGUCAUUGAAAUGCUGAUUGCAAGGAGGAGUGUCAUUGAAUUCUGUCCAAUGUGGAAGGGAAGGACACCUCAGAUCAAGUAAUUGAAUUGUGCACUGGAGUGAAUUCAGGCAUCGUAUCCAGUCAAUCAAAGGAACAAGCGUGCAUGAAAAUGUCAAACCUCAAACAGCCACUUUGUGAUUGCCUUUCUUGUUGCAUUCUUUUCGCUUAUGUAAAUUGCUUACACCUUUUUAACUCUGCUUUUAUAUUGUAUGAAGUCUGUGAUAAUGGAACAGACAAAACAGUAAGCUCGCAGGUGCUUGUUGCAAUCAGCACCUUGUCAAGUUUGACUUGUUCCCUUAGUGUUUUGGCUAAACUGCCAUUAGAAUAGCUCUAUGCACUGUGUGUGUAUCCAACAUGGACACUCAUUACUCCUUUCUUUAACAAUAUGAGAAAAUCAUUCAUAUAGGAAAUUCAUGUAAUGGUGUAGUUCAGAAUUUUUAGAAGCUUUAGGAUCUCAACUUCAAUAGGCAUCACUAGAAUCUUAUUCUUUACAUUCUUAGGGCCUCAUUUUAAUUUUUGUGUUUGUUUUAUGAUUUUCAGCAUUAUAGCUUUUACAGAUAUUGCUGUGAGAUACUAUGUGUAAUAUUUGAGCAGCAUGUGUCUGUUGCAGGAAAGAUGAGUCUCAGAUCUCAGCAUGUACUGACAAAGCACUUUUAUUUCCCAUUUCUACACAAGUAAAUAAGAAAUGCAGAAAGUGUUCUGAGUUGCACACAGCCACAAGAGUCGCAGUCUAAUCAGUGCACAUUAACAAACCCUUUCAGCUAAUAACUGUAUCUGAGCAUUGACACUCUGCAGUAUGCAGUGUAACUAAUAACUAUAUCAGAGCAUUGACACUCUGCAGGACGCAGUGUAACUAGUGUGCCACAUAUGUGGGCUGACAAAAGGCCCUCAGCUUGCAUAUGAACUCGAGUAUUCCUUUUGUUAAUGUAAAAUUCAGUAUCACACUAGGAAUGGCUCCAUCAGUGUUUUGUGGCCUGUUAUUGGGCAAUCUAGCAUGUAUUUACUUUGAUUCUGUUACUCUUCCACUUGGAUUAUUUCUGUUUUUUUUGCUCUUGCCUUAUCCAUUUAACUUUUACACAGCUAAUCAUGCAUCUAAUUUCAGUGCUGCCAUUACACAGCCUAAACCCUACUGUCAUCCCAGAGAACCCAAGUCACACUGUGGUGUUUCUGAAUCUGACAAGUUUUGCUGAAUUCAUCCAGUAACAUUGGUAGUGGGGAGUAUACAAGAAUCCUGAAGCUAUUAACCUUACUUUCACCAACACACUUACAUUAAAAUUGACUGAGGAAACAUGCAAUCAAAACCUGUAAAGAUUAGGAGCUUUAAAUGUUGUAAAUAUUGAAAACACAUUGCUUUAGUCUGUACUGUUGCUCAUAUCAAUUACACAUCCAUCUUAUUUUUUAUACAGACCUAACAGUCUGUGCAAUCAGAGUGCAGUGAUACAGUUUUCCAUGAGUCUAUCCUGUGUGCUGUGCAAUGUAACUGUGUCUUACUGAUACAGUUCAUUUAUACAUGUACAUCUCACAAGCAGCAUCGUCCAUAACAGUUUGUUCUACAGCUUCUAUGGUAUCUUCAAACCAUUAACUUUAUUGUAGGCAUUAUUGUCUAUAGAAAAGUAUCAGUACAUCUUUAUAACAAAAAAAAACAAACCUCUGAAGCUGCAUCACAGUUCUAGUAUCCGAGAAAGGAAAAGUCAAGCUGAUGUUUCAGGAGGAGUGUUCUAAUUAAUAGCUUAAAUCCAAAACUCGAACUUGGCUCUUUAUUUCAGAGGCUGUUGGGCAUGCUGUGUUUAUUUUGUUACUCUGACUUUGAAGGAUUUCUCAACUUUGAGCACACUCUGUUUUAUUUGUGCCACAGAUUGGAGCUUGUCUACGGAGAGCUUCGUUCUCAAAAGUAUUUUUACUGCAGAUUCAAUCCACUCUGUUAUCUUUGAAACUGACUGCUUUUUCAAUGGAGGGAUACCAGAUGUAAAAGGCAAAUGGAGAGAACAGGUAGACAGCCUUCUGUAUGGUCCAGCACUUUGCAGAGAUUGAGGGCAGCUUCCAUUAUCAGGGCAGUAAUUGAGACAGCAGGUUGAGUGAUCAUUGACCCAUAUCUGAGCGGGACCCGCGGGAACAGUCUGUGAAAACAGGAAAGCAGAUUCACUGUGCUGUCUGAAAUGACCAGCUGUUGCUGUAUAAACACCCAAAAUAAAUAUACUUCUACUGUGAA